UGCCUGACAUCACAAGAGAGGUGGCUCUUAGCCAGUGGGAGGAUGAAAUACCCUUAAGAAGAAAUUAGAGAAAAGAUUGUUAUAUGACAACACCAAGUUCCAACUAAUGGUCUCCAUUCAAUUGGAUUUCUAUGCAUCUCAUGGAGACUGGAUCUUGUACUCCAUCUUUUCUGAUGAUCAGGAGACAAAACCAAGAGGAUGGGGAAGCUAGCGCUUGCAAAGCGUGGAGUGUCCAGAAGGAACGCAGCGUCCAGAAAGCGCAAAGCAAAAGCAAAUGAAACUGGUGCAUCUGCUUUUCGGGACUUGGUUACAUUCUUCAAAUCUCCAGUGGGUGAAAGAUUGAUCGUUCUUGAGAUUUUCAUCUUUACUGUCAUGACGCUGCUGGUUUUCAUUCUGUAUCGGAAGGAACUGAGAAAGAGAGAGGAGCUUCAAGUGGCAAUGGAUAUGAUACGAACUGUUGUUGUUGGGACUGAUCCAAUCUACGAAGACAAGGAUGACUUAGAAAUACUUGCUGCAGCUCAAAACAUAUCGGAGGAAAUGCAGUAUUUUGCCAACUUAAAUGAUCAACUGCAAAAAGAAAUUGAUACCCUUCUUGAAAACUUGAACAAUGGCUGGGUCAUAUAUGAAAGGACCUUCUAUUGGUUUUCUAUUGAGAUAGGCUCAUGGACGGAUGCCCAAAAACAUUGUGAGCAGGAGGGUGCCAGGCUCAUUUCUGUGGAAACAAGGGAAGAACAGUAUUUUAUAAACAAGCAAGUAGAAAGACAUCAAAAGUUUUUUUGGAUUGGAGUCUUUAAAGACAAGGGAAAGAAAUGGUCGUGGCUGUCAGGAAUGGAGGCUUCAGUCCACUACUGGAAUUACUAUGAGCCAAAUUAUGAAGCGAACCAUGACUGUGUUGCUGUGUCCUAUGAGUGCUACUAUGAAAAAUGCUGGAUGGCAUUCGAAUGUGAUCUGCAAAUACACUAUAUUUGUAAGAAGGUGCCUAAUGAUACUUGGCUCUAAGAAGACACCUUAAGAUGAACGUUAACUGGAUCCCAUGAUCACUACACAAAACCAAAACCAAGAGAUCACCCCACGAUUUUAAUGCACAAUCCACACCCUGCCACCUAGAUUAUGGGACUCUCUGGCAUCAACCCUCAAACACACAUUGAAAAGACCUUAAUCUGCAAGCUCAAACAUAGAUGGCUACGAAAAUAAAGGAUGGAAGGGUCCAGUCAUAGCCUGUUUC